AUGGAGCAAGUCCACCCACAGCCGGCGAGCCACGUGCUCGAGACGCCGAUAUGGAUGAUGAUUGUCCGGGGCCUCCAGUUCCUCAUUUCGCUCAUCAUCCUCGGCCUGGCGGGCGCCUUGAUGCACGACCUGUACCUGGACGAGUUUGGGCUGUCUGUCGCUACUGCCAUCCUCACCUGGUGUAUUCUCUUCUACGCCGUGUUUACGGAAAAGAUCCCCCCGUGGCGGACGGCGUACCACGUCCUGGCCGUGAUGGUGCUCGACGGCUUCCUCGUCGUCAUGUGGCUGGCUACGUUUGCCGCCGUGGCCGCCCGCCGCGCCACCUUCAAAUUCAACGUCCAGGUCGGCGGGUGCAUCGACGACGGCAGCAUCAUCGGCAGCAAGACCUGCUUCACGAGGCGCCAGCUGGAGCGGAGGGACAUUCUGUUCAAGAGCGGCGGGGAGAUGAUGAGCUCCAUUGCCGGGCUGGGCGCCCUCCUGUGGCUCAUGUUCAUCGCCACGUUUGUGUGGACCAUUGUCAUGUUCCUCCGCGGCCGCAAGGAAGGCCGCUUCCCCAUCGCCCCCGGCGGCGGCGGCGGCUCCAACAACUACCAGAUGGAGCCCAAGGCUGAGCAGGGAGCUUCCGUGACGCAGCCGCAGCAGCAGCAGCAAUACACACCGUACCAGCAGCCCAUUCAGCCGCAGCAGACGGGCCAACACGAGCAGUCUCCUCUGGGCCAGAACCCGACGCCGGCGCCGUACCAGCCUGCCCAGAGCCCGUACCAGCAGCAGCCGCCGUACCAGCCUCCCCAGGACGCGCAGCAGUAUGCUCAGUACGGCCAGACGUAUCCGUCGUACCAGCAGCAUGUCCAGCAGGGGAGCGAGCUGUCGGCCACGCCGCUGCCCCAGCAGCCGUACUCUCCGUCUCCGGUGACGAGCUCGCCGCCUCCUCAGCAGGAGCAGCAGUAUUACCACCAACCGCAACAGCAUCCGCAGUAG